AUGGGAGCACUUAUACCAGUUCAAGCUCUAGUAAUUUUUAGCAAAAUACUCGUAUUUUAUUAUUCUAGUGAUGUAUACUUGUACAAAUUGAUUCUGGUAAUACCAAGCAAUUUGAUAGAGGAGCCAACCAAGAAAAAAGUCCAUCAAGUUUUACCUGCACUUGAUAAUGAUCGUCAUUUUCCUGUGUCUAAGGUCAUAAAGAUCAUGCCUCGGGCAUUGCCGCCUAAAACCCACAUUACUAAAGAGGCCAUACAGGUCAUGCAACAUUAUACAACAAACUGUAUCCAUUUGGUUACUGCUAACACAAACAUAGGCUGCAAACAAGACAACCGCAAGAAAGUCUUUGCUAAAGAUGUCAUUUCGACAAUAGGCAGGAUAGGGCUUGAGGGCUAUGUUGAGCCUUUGACAUUGUAUCUGAACGAAUAUCGUGGCAUGAAACAAAAUUGUGGUGUCGUCCUUGCAAAAGGUUCGAGAAAGAAAAGGCAUGCCAUGGAUGUCAAUGACUCCUUAGAGAAUGAUGAUACUAGAGACAACAAUGCCAAUCCUAGCAAGGAUGAUGACGCCGAACCAAGCUCUCUUCACCAGCCUUGGUUGAAAUGA